UUUAUUUGUUUUUAUUGUGCAGUCGGUGCGGUAGGAAAAAAAAUAGUCGAAUUUUAGCGAGCAUUUUUCCACUUGUUUUGUUAGGAAAAUGGAUGAUUACAAGCAAAUAGUGAGUAAACAUAGCAUUUUAGCAACUGCUAGUGCAAUUCAAAAGUGCAUCAAAUCGAUCAACGACAAGCAAUCGAAAUCUAACGUGAAAACCAAUGAGCUGGAGCUGUUAAAAAGUUUGGUGAAAUCGGAUAAUCCAAGAACUGCGCAAUUGGCGGUUCAGGCCCUGGUGCAACUGGUGUCCAGUGGAUCGCUGGAUCUCGGUCAGACGUUGGGAAUUUUGGUUACGACGUUAGCCAAUUCAUCAUCGGCCCAUUUCAAUGCAAUCGGGUAUGGUAUGUUUGAGCUGCUGUUGCUGGAUCUUAGGCGCCGCUGUUCUGCCCUGGGGGAAGAUCCUUAUGUGUGCCAGUUCGAUCUGAAGCCACCGCAACAUCCUCUGAUAUUACUGCUGAGCAACCGGGAUGUGGUGAAGGUACUGGCUUUCAGCAACAAGGUUAACGAAAUUUGUCAUCACCACGACCAGAUCAUACGUAAAAACAGCGUGGAGUUCUUGAGGCCCGUCUUUCUACAUGUAUUCAACAAUCCUACACUAUUCCCGGAAACCCAAAAAAUGUGGCGUGCCUUGCUGAAAAGUGCCUCGAAUGAUGACACAGCCGUGAAGAUGAUUUACGAGAUUAUAUCCUGGAGUAAAACAUCGACCAGCGAAAAAUGUCUUUAUACAAACAACUUGCUGCUCGAAGUACUGGAUUAUGUCCCGGCCGAGAAGCGAUUCGAAUGGCUGCGAAGGGACAUCUGCUUGUACAUCGCUGCCGUCAGUAAGGAACUGAUCGGAUACAACUAUGACCCAUCGGAAAACUUUUUGAAGAUUUUCUCUGCCCUCCAUGUCGACAAAGAUCAUGCAUCGGUUAACUACAAUAGUGUCCUGCUGAUGGUAUUGUCAGACGUAAUGCAAAACAUUGCCCCGGCUCAUAUUCUUGGAUUGAUGAGAAUCGUACAUUUCCUGUUAGAAUCUGGAUGCAAUCGCUUGAGUCAACUUAUGAUCAUGGAUGGAGCAGUUCAACUUCUAGGACAGCAGACAUUCAUUCAUAAUUAUCUAGAGGAUUGUAACUGUGUUCUCAACGCUGUCCUAAGAAACUCAUACCCAGCUGAAGUUCCCACCUUGUUCGAUAUGCGUCCGGCUAGCUACUUCCAUUUGGACAUUGCAAAAUACAGCCAUUUCUGUAUGUGGUGGAACGAUGUGGAAAACCAGAUUUUAACUAUAGAUCAGUUCCUUGAGGCACUAUCGCGUACAUCCAGGUUCAGCGACAAAGUAAACCUGGUUCUCAGAGGGCUCAUGUAUACGCACGAAAUCCCAUUCGAAGAUUGGAGAAAACUUUUCGAUCAACUCGUUAUCUGCUCUAAAUCAAACGAAGAAAUCUGCUCCAGGCUGCUAACACCAAUUCUCUUCUUACUGGCCAACGAUAGCAAUCCUCGUAAACGGCUUCAUCUGCUAAGAAGUCUGGCCUUGAUGGGUGCCAAAGACCACGUGCUGCGAGUGCUGAAAGCAUUGACCAAAGAUGUGGACCGGGCCACCAGUUUGGAUUUGUACCUUCGGCUGUGGAAAGCUGAACCUCGGACUUAUCCAUUUUUGUACGACGUGCUCAAGGAUACCAGUCGCAGGCCAAGGGAGGAUUCCUGGGAGACAUCAUUCGCCCGAACGUACACGAUUCGAGAAAUUUGCUUGAUCAAACCACAACAGCACGGAGCAGAUCUGGUAAAUUUGUUCUCCGAAAUCCUUAGCCACCCAGAGGAUGCUAACAAUGAAGCUGCUGUAGCGUUGGCCAUCGAUGCUAUUGCCAGCCUUUGUGAGAAUCACGUAAUUAACAUUGUGUCCACCUGGAAAGUGCUCGGUUUUAAGUUCACUCACGAGAAACGCCCACGAAUCAUUCAAAGCCUGUGCAGAUUUUUCGCCAACGUGCCUUCCAUCAAAGUUAACUCACUUGAGCAAGAACGACUGGUCAAUGAAAUCAUUCUCAAGCUGUGGCAGUUUGUAACGGAUUUCGAUGACCGUGAAGUGAUUGUCGCGGCCCUGGAUUCGUUGAAAUCAUUUUCUCCUGAUAUGAUGAACAUAUUUCAAAUACCUGAAAUUUUUCGGCAAGGAAUUCCUCUGCCAAGUGAGGAUGACGAAUCUUUAGAUGCUAAGAUGAUCCCAGGCGAUUGUUGGAUUCAAUUAAUUCACUUUGUUAAUCAUUCCGCUAUUGAAGCAGCUGGAGAUUUGGUUGCGCAUCAUAUACAUAAUGAAAUGCAGUCAUACCGCGGAGGGAUCUAUCUCAAUCCAGAAGGGCGACCAGAACCAUCGUCUUUGAAACAUUUGCCCAAGAGGAGUAUCCUUGCUGCGGUAAUACAUCACUUAAUCAGCCAUGGUGGCAAAAUGAAUUCCGCAGAUACCACCGAUAUAGUUCUCUAUAACCUCUUGAGAAUUGUGGCCAAAAAGUAUCCCAAGCCCAUUCCACCUCUGAAUUGGUGCUUUUUGCAUGAAUAUUUUCACCAUUGCUACGAAAGUAAGAAAUACUGUCUCCAGAUAGCUAUCAAGCAAAUGCCACACUCAGGAACUGCCAAGCGGAUUGUGGAAAACUUCCUCAGUGACGCCGUGGAAACCGACAUGGAGGUCGAAGAUGUGCUGGUCGUUCUGGAAUAUCUUGAUGUGCUGACAGAAUACGUGCAAAGCGACAUCUACAAAAGAUUUCUGCAUCUGUCGUUACAAUUUUUGCUUGAAAAAUCUGAGGAACACGGAGCCAAUACCGGAAGCCCAUUCGUUGAAACUGUGCAGCAUUUGAAAAAUGCUGUUACUAAAAAAUCCUAUCAGAAUGAGGACAACUUCGAUUAUCUAUGUGAAGCUUUGGAAAAUUUGUUCAGUCGUUUUAGCAUCAACACCAAGCUAUUUGACGAAUACCUCAAGGUCUUGAGUGUGCUACCUUCCAAACAUUUGACGUCACUUUUGAAACCAAGCACGUGGAUCGACAAACGUAAUCAAACCAAGCUAGAAAAGGCAAUCGUUUUACAGUUUUCCAUUCAUAAGCACAAUCCAAUUGCCACUGAUCUACAUCUCUUCGAAUUGAGUGACAUUCUGAAAACCAUCGGCUCGUUUGAGACAAACAUGCAAAACUAUUUUUUGCGUUCUUUCUUCGACUUUGUGCCUCAGCUAGAAAACCACAAAGCUCUGAACGGAUGGAUAAUUGAGCUUAUCGGCUAUAUCCAGUCGGAUCUAGCGGAAGUGAAUACACUUCAAAUGAAGGAGGUUGCCCUUUUGUUGGAUGUGUUCCUCACAGCUGUGAUCAGUUUGUCAGGCUACGGAGCGCUGUUCGGCAAAGCCAUUGUGGAAGACUUAGACAAGCGACUUUUCGUAUUUCCGUCGAGCCUCAUCAUGGUGUUUCAAAUGAAUAUGUGGAGGGAAAUUGAAAAUAAGAUUUAUGAAUUUCUCUAUCAUCUAUACAACCACCCCAACAUUUCGACACCUUAUGCGGAAUGCUUAAAGAAUGCUCUACUAUGCUGCAAGGAGCAAUCAUAUCUGCAGCAACCGAAAGCGUGGCCGAAAUUCGUUUCAUUACGAAGACUGUAAGUACAUACAUUUUUAGUUAAAUUUUGUUUCUUUACGUAGUUCAUGCAAACAAGACUGUUGCACUACGGUU